AUGAAUAACUUAACGUCCAGAGCGAAUGUCAUCCUGGCAAACUCUCUGUCAGUGUUGGCUAUAUGUACGGGAAUGUUGUUCAUCUCUACCAUGCACCUUCCUGUUGAACCUAAAUUCGAUUUCAAGGUAAACGAUGCCCAGUUACGAUACCAGCCUGAUCACAUGUCAGGAAAAAGAGAGUACCUGGACCUAACUCUCCUUAGAUACGACCUCAAGAUCGACAUGUCCGACUCAUUCCAUUGGAAUGUGAAGAUGAUAUUCCUGUAUUUGGUCGUGGAGUACUCUAACGAGAAGAACAUUGUUAAUCAGGUUGUGUUGUGGGAUAAAAUAGUUAUGAGAGGAGAUAACCCAGUAGUAGACCUCAAGAACCUCCGGACUAAAUAUUACUUCUUCGACGAUGGUAACAACAUGAGAGGAGCAAACACGACAAUUUCCCUACAUUGGAAUGUGGUUCCCAACGCAGGUUUACUACCAAACGUUCGCGGAGAGAAACAUGUAUCUACCGUCCUCCCUUCAGAUUACAGCUACUAAUUACUAGUUACUAAUUACUAAUUACUAAUUAGUAAUUACUCGGUAGCUAAAAUUAGUGCAGAUAUUUUGAUAUUCGGUAUCUCUAGCUGUUGAAUUUCCUCCUUUUUAGGGGGUAACAUUUAUUGAUUUCUUUAUAAUUCGCAACCGGUUUGCGGUGUCUAUGAACUUCCUUUGUCUUACGUAUUAAAAAUUAUGUUGAAAAUUUUAAAUUUAAGCACCAGUAGAUUAAAGAAUUAGUUUACGGUAUUUUAUGCUUGUAGAAAUUAUAUAAUACAAUAGUACAAUAGUAAGUUAUCAGUUGUUUGAUGUAUGACAUAUUUAUUGGUUAAAGUAAAUGAUUAUUCCAUUACAUAAACUUAGCAAUAAAAGGUACAUUUAAUAUUUAUAAUUAGUCGCUUUCUGACAGGGUCUCAGACAUUCUAAAGACUCUUUACAAUCUUUAUUGUUCGAAAGCCUACGUAUACGCCCUACAUAUUGUGCAUAAUUUAAAUUUCUCCUAAUUUUACGAUAAUUCAUCUGUUCAUAAUAAUAUGUGCAUUGUACUGUGUAGUUUCGUUCAUUUUUGGUUGCCAUUUAUUUUACAUAACCUCUUGGGGAA